AUGAAAAUAUUUUCUUAAAUUUAAAAGUUGAAUAUCAUUUACGACAUGGACAGUCAAAUGUGCGGAGACGGCAGACUGAUAGACUUAAUCGAUGAAGGUUGGCGCAAAGAACGACUACCUAUUGAUGAUAUUUCAACACCGAUAGCUGAAUUACCAGAUCCUGAGAGUGAUAAUGGUGAUUCUCAUAUGACGUUGAAGGAAUUAGAACAAAGAUGGAAUAAUUUGGCUUUGGGUACCCUUAGUGACAACCAUCUGCAUUCUCCAACACCUUUGCACAAUUGAGCAUCUUCUGUUUACUAAUU